AUGCUGGACGGUUUUUAUGGUUUUUUCUUUGGCAGUGAGAAUGUUAAUGGCAACAACACAAAAGAGAAUAUUACCGUGCUGACGAAUUCAACCGAAUUGGUUGCUUUUACUUUACCAGGUGGAAGUUCGGAAACGAAGGAUGACGAUUGGAUUUUGGUUGAUGGACAGUUAUCUUCUGGUCGUUCGACACCAGUGAUUAUUCCGGAACAAGAUCUGAUAGCAAUCGAUGAUGAACUAUCAACGGGGAUUAUUGAAUCUUCGCGAUCACACUCACCUUCAUCAACUUUUCCACAUAAUGAUAUGCUGUCACCGAAUUCUAUCAGUUGUGACCGUACUUGGGGUUUGAGUCGCGGAUCGCGUAACGGGAUAUCGGGAAAGCACGUGGAACGAAUGCGUCAAGCAAAACAAAAAGCUAUCGAGAGAAAGGAAUUAGAGCGAAAGCUCUUCGAGAAUCAUUUACUAGGAAUAAGUGAUGACGGUGACAAAAAACAUCCAAACAAUGCUGUCAAUAAUAAUAGCAGCAAUAAAGCACUGAAUAUGCUAAAUAAUGCUGCUAAAAUGAAGAGAUCCACCGCCGCUGGCCAUUUUGCAACGGAUUCAAAAACGAAACCACGCUCAAAAAAAACCAGUCGUUUAUUGGCUGGACGUAACAAUGACCGUAAAGUGAACACUUUGAACUAA